ACAAGUACCACAGAAACCAGUGCAACCACCUCAACAAGUACCACAAAAACUAGUGAAACCACCUCAACAAGUACCACUGAAACCACUGAACCCACCUCAACAAGUAUCACCGAAACCACUGAACCCACCUCAACAGGCACCACAAAAACCAGUGAACCCACUUCAACAAGUACCACAGAAACCAGUGGAAGUACCUCAACAAGCACCACCAAAACCAGUGAACCCACUUCAACAAGUACCACAGAAACCAGUGCAACCACCUCAACAUCCACCACAGAAACCAGUGAACCCAAUUCAACAAUUACCACAGAAACCAGUGCAACCACCUCAACAAGUACCACAAAAACCAGUGAAACCACCACAACAAGUACCACAGAAACCAGUGCAACCACCUCAACAAGUACCACAAAAACCAGUGAAACCACCUCAACAAGCACCACCAAAACCACAACCACCUCAACAUCCACCACAGAAACCAGUGAACCCAAUUCAACAAUUACCACAGAAACCAGUGCAACCACCUCAACAAGUACCACAAAAACCAGUGAAACCACCUCAACAAGUACCACUGAAACCACUGAACCCACCUCAACAACAACCACCUCAACAUCCACCACAGAAACCAGUGAACCCAAUUCAACAAUUACCACAGAAACCAGUGCAACCACCUCAACAAGUACCACAAAAACCAGUGAAACCACCUCAACAAGUACCACUGAAACCACUGAACCCACCUCAACAAGUAUCACCGAAACCACUGAACCCACCUCAACAAGCACCACAAAAACCAGUGAACCCACUUCAACAAGUACCACAGAAACCAGUGGAAGUACCUCAACAAGCACCACCAAAACCAGUGAACCCACUUCAACAAGUACCACAGUAACCAGUGAAACCACCUCAACAUCCACCACAAAAACCAGUGAAACCACUUCAAUAAGCACCACAGAAACCAGUGCAACCACCACAACAAGUACCACAGAAACCAGUGCAAGUACCACAACAACAAGUACCACAAAAACCAGUGAACCAACUUCAACAAGUACCACAGAAACCAGUGCAACCACCUCAACAAGUGUACCACAGAAACCAGUGGAAGUACCUCAACAAGCUACACGCAAACCAGUGAAGUCACCACAAACCAGUACAACCACCUCAACAUGCACCACAAAAACCAGUGAAACCACUUCAACAGGUACCACAGACACCAGUGCAACCACUGCAACAAGCACCACAAAAACCAGUGAACCCACUUCAACAAGGACUACAGAAACCAGCAGAAGUACCUCAACAAGCACUACCAAAACUAGUGAUCCCACUUCAACAAGUACCACAAAAACCAGUGCAACCACCUCAACAAGUACCACAAAAACCAGUGAAACCACCUCAACAAAUACAACUGAAACCACUGAACCCACCUCAACAAGUAUCACCAAAACCACUGAACCCACCUCAACAAGCACCACAAAAACCAGUGAACCCACUUCAACAAGUACCACAGAAACCAGUGGAUGUACCUCAACAAGCACCACCAAAACCAAUGAACCCACUUCAACAAGUACCACAGUAACCAGUGAAACCACCUCAACAUCCACCACAAAAACCAGUGAAACAACUUCAAUAAGCACCACAGAAACCAGUGCAACCACCACAACAAGUACCACAGAAACCAGUGCA